UCCGAUAAACUUUCCCCUCAAAGUCAAAUCAUGGCGACGGCGAUCCCGAAAAUCGAGGUGCUCUCCUCGCGCGUUACUCGCGUUCUGGGGCUGAACCCGGGUCCUUUCACUCUCCGGGGCACAAACACGUACCUGGUAGGAACGGGGAAAAGUCGUAUUUUGAUAGACACUGGGGAUGCUGGGAUACCGGGCUAUCUUCCAGGGGGCAUCCCUUACAACAUCACACACUGGCACCACGACCAUGUAGGGGGCAUCCCUGCAAUAUGGCAGGCUUUCCAACUCGUCUCGCCCUUCAGAAUCAGCAAACUGCCCAGAAACCCCAGUGGUCUGGGGUCGAAGGACGCAGAGGGGUACAGUCCCUCCCAGGGGGUGGAGACCACUGGGGUCACAGGGGUGGGGUAUAUUUACCUCAGGGAGGGGGAUGUCAUCAAGACUGAAGGAGCGACACUCAAAGCCAUCUACACCCCAGGUCACACAGAUGACCACAUGGCACUUCUACUGGAGGAGGAGAAUGCUGUGUUCUCAGGGGACUGUAUAUUGGGAGAGGGGACAACAGUAUUUGAGGACCUCUAUGACUACAUGAAGUCCCUUCAGAAGCUAGCGGGCUUGAAACCCGGGACCAUCUAUCCAGGUCACGGGCCGAUCGUCCAGAAUGCGACAGAAAAGAUCCAGGAGUACAUAAACCACAGAAACAUGAGAGAGUCUCAGAUCCUGGCAGUGUUUCAGAAGGCCAGGGAGACACCGCUCACAGCUAUGGAGAUUGUUAAAAUGGUUUAUGUGGACACACCAGAACACCUACACAAGGCUGCAGCAGGGAACGUCACACACCACUUACACAAACUGGUCAAGGAGGGAACAAUAGAGAAAUUUGGAGAUCCUUCUGCUCCAAAGUGGGCACUGAGCAAGUUAUAGGAUAUGAUUUUUUGUUUUUAUAUGAUUUCAAUUACAUCAUGAUGAUGUUGAUGUUUUCUACUCCUGCUAGAAUUAUUGUUCAUAAAUAUUUGUAUUUGUUCUUAAAUGUAAAUAACAAAAACUUCUCGUCAAGAAAUUAUUGCAAGCACACAGGAGAGUUGAGACAGAUGAUUGAGGAGAAUUGUUUGUGGUUUAUAAAACCCAAAAAUGUAUCAAAGGGCAAAAUGUAUUGAAUAUAGUCAAAUGCAAAAUGUAUUAAAAUAUAUUUUUAAGUACAAAAUGUAUUCAAAUGCAAAACACUCACUGUGUUUAGAAAAUGUGUUAAACUUUAUGUUUUACCACAAUUUCUAUUAUUAUUAUUAUAAUUAUUACUAUCAUUGGGUGGGUUGGUUACUUUCUUUACAACCAGGGGCUGAAUUGUGAGGAGUUUAUGAUUGGCAAGCAAAUGAGUUAUUAUUUCAAGAAAAGUUGAACUAUUGCAAGCGAGAGGAAAGACAGAAAAGAUACGAGUAAUUGAUGAAGAAUGGUCAAAUAAUGAGAUACAAAAAAGGGCAUACAAUAUUGAGUGAUGUAUUUAAAGAAAUUUGUACAAAUGUAUGUGUACAGACUAUAAGUGGAAAAAAAAUAAUGUCCGUCCUUAAACAUAACUGAACAACUACUUUGUAUGUUAAAACUUUGUUCCCGUGCAAACAUUCGGUAACAGAAGUAUAAAUGCCUAAAAUAGAAUUUCUCUGAAAUACAAGAAAAUGUGUUGAUAUGUAAACAAAAAAUAAAAAGAUUGAUACUAGUACUACAAAAACAAUGUACCAGUUGUACUUGCUGGAUACAAGUGUCCAUACUAUAUAGACCAGGAGUAGCCAUUGUUAAUACAUAGCAAAAAUUGAGCUGUACAAAUACAUGCAACAGUGACAUAUAUCCAUGCAAGUGCACAUACAUACAUGCAACGGUCUUCCAUACUUGGGUGCAAGUAAUAAUAGAAGGUAUCAUACAGUCACAAUUGUUCAGGGGAAAUCCUCUACCUUCCACACAUUGAUUCAGAAGAUGACUUGAGUAUGUCUUUGUGUUAUAACUGUAAAAUAGGUUUCCGAAUGUAAAAUUAAGCAAAACAUUUUGAAAGUUGAAAUAUACGGCAAAUACAAAAUGCAGAAGUUGGCAAAAAUAUUUCAAUCACAAGUAUGUUUUCGUGACAGUUUACAUUUUCUGAUUGAGCACUUAUAACUAGCUAUGUACAAUAAAUUAUGACAAAGCAUAUUACUGUUCUAGUCUUACUUCUACGCCAAGUGUAAGCAAGCAUUACAAAGACAACACAUUUUGUUGUUUCAUUAUUUGCUUUUACAAUUCUACAUAAGACCCUAUCUAUUACAAACAGGAGAUAUUGCUUACAAUUAUACAAGGCACUAUAAAAUACCACUUUCUGUCAAAGUUGUGCUAAUUAGAAUAUUGGCAGUGGAUGGAGUAGAAAGUAACAAAACAAACACUACAAAAUGCUGUGGGACCUCCUUCAAAAACAGUCAAAUGUAAUUUAUACAAGUAUAACCCUCCCAGUUAUACAUAUGGUGUGCUGCAAGUUAUUGUCACUUUGGGUCAUAUCAUGCUAUCAUCUCUCUAUCACAAGACUUUCAGGUGUUGGUUAUGUUUGUGACAUUGAAUAGUUUUCUUCAACCUUGUCAAGCAACCAGUGUUAUACACAUACUGACAUAGUGACUUUACUACAUUUUGUUUGUAGACUAUGUUUUGGGGCAAUCUAUGCACAUUUCUUUCUGGCCUAUAGUAUUUAGGUAAAGCACUAGAAGGAGAGAGGAGUGUUACCACAAACAUACAAUGUGCAUGAAGGAUAAAUG